AUGAAACCUUUUUCAAGCUUAGUUAACAAAAUUUUCAGUAAUAAAUUAGUUAUUUCGCAAUCAAAUAGUUGUCGAUGUUUUGCUUCAACAAGGAUACAAGCUAGCGCCACUCGUGUCAUUGUCAAUGAUGCUCCGACCACCGCCUCUAACCCACCACUACUGUUCCCCUGUUUGGACAAAUUAGAGCAAAAAAAUAAACAGUUAUCUAGUGGUGAGCUCAAACCUCGGCUGAUGGUACAUAAUAAUAUAGAUAGAUUGGAAACAGGUCCUGAACCCAAUUAUGGGUUUGUCACUACGGGGUUUAAAAGAUACCAUUCAAAGAAGCCUAUAUUUCUAGACUAUGGAGGCCAUCUAAAGGAAUAUACAAUAGCAUACGAAACAUGGGGCCAGCUCAACAGGGACAAAUCGAAUUUAGUACUUGUCCACACAGGAUUGUCAGCCUCAAGUCAUGCGAAAUCACAGCCUCAUAAUACAAAACCGGGAUGGUGGGAAAACUUUAUUGGACAGGGCAAAUUUAUAGAUACAGACAAGUUUUUCGUCGUGUGUACUAAUGUUUUAGGUGGCUGUUAUGGAUCAACGGGUCCAUCUUCAUUUGAUCCGGCAAAUAACGAACGAUAUGCAACCAGAUUCCCCAUUUUGUCCAUAAGUGAUAUGGUUCGUGCCCAAAGAGAACUAGUUAAGGACGAAUUUCAGGUUGAAAAAAUUCAUGCUUCUGUUGGGGCAUCAAUGGGUGGUAUGCAAAGCCUUGCAUACGGAUGGGAAUUUCCAGAUGAAGUUGACAAGCUUAUAAGUAUCAGCGGAUGUGCAAGAUCGCACCCAUACUCAAUUGCAUUAAGACAUACUCAAAGGCAAGUAUUAAUGAGCGAUCCCAAUUGGAAUCGCGGUUUUUAUUAUGAUAAAAUCCCUCCACAUGUGGGAAUGAAACUAGCCCGUGAAAUCGCCACUGUGACAUAUAGGUCGGGACCCGAAUGGGAAUACAGGUUUGGUAGAUUUAGAGCAGAUGAAUCAAGACCACCGGCCCUAUGUCCUGAUUUCUUAGUGGAAACGUAUUUGGAUCAUGCAGGAGAAAAGUUUUGUUUGGAAUAUGAUGCUAAUUCGUGGCUUUAUGUUUCUAAAGCUAUGGAUUUGUUUGAUUUGGGAGAAAAGAGUAGAAGUGAAGCACAACAGAAUAGAUUGCAGAGUGAACGUAGAUACUCAGGCAUUGGAAAGAAUGGUAAUGACUUUAGUGAAUUUGAAGUUGUACCAAAGAAACCAUACGAAGAAAAAAGUAAACCGCCUAAAAAUUACACCGUAGAAGAGUCUUUGCAAGACUUGAAGAAAGGGAUGAGAAAAAUGGCUAAUAAGGAUGUAUUGGUCAUUGGCGUUGAGUCUGAUAUCUUGUUCCCAGUGUGGCAACAAAGAGAAAUUGCCAAUGUGUUAUUGGAGAAUCCAGAUAAUAAAACUGGUAAAAUUGAAUAUUUCGAAUUGGGCACCGAUAUCAGCAAUUAUGGACAUGAUACGUUUCUCUUGAGUUUAGAAGAUAUUGGGAAACCAGUUAAAAGGUUUUUGGAGUCACAAUGA